CCGCUCGGGCACCAGACAGGGCACACUUUUUUUAAUCAUUGAAAUAAAUUUAUACACACUAUUUUGGCUUAAGUUACCCAGUUGUGAUACCUCCUAUUAUAACGUCGAUCCCCGAACAAGGAUUUUUUUCUGAGCUGUCGAUGUAUUAGGUAACUGUACAGAAAUGACGAAUGAUUUAUCCGAGUUUAUUCCUUGGAUUCUUGCCAUCUUCUUCGUUCUGUUCCUGAUCGCUUGCUGCUCGUGGCUUUACAGAUGCAUCCAGAAAUGUGACGAUCAGUGCCCGGGAAUUCUGCCGGCGCGGAGCCCUUACAACCCAAACUCUCCUAUGACACCGUUCCGGAACACUCGGCACACGCGUAAUUGGGAGGCCACCAGGAGGUUGACCUGCCAGCGCGCCACCAACGACAACAGCGAGCCAUCCGGGAGCCAGUGUAUCCUAUCAUCGUCCUCGGUAGUUCAUUACCACGGGCAGAAGGUGCCCCCGUACGUGUCUUUCGCUGACAGGCCGCCGCCGCCGUCGUACGAGGAAGCUUGUAGCUCGACAGCGGCCUUAAGCAGUUCGACGACCGCCUUAAACAUGGAGAGCCCUGAACAGUCUGUGGCUAUCAUCGAUACCACCAGUGCGAACGAGACCGAGGCCACGCCGGCAGCGACAGUAUCGGACAGCGUCGAAGUAAUGGAUUGCAACACGGCAGCAGUAUCGACUCCCACCAAUACUGGUCGCGGCGACCGACCACAAGACCACGGGGCCAGUGAGUCAGUAGUCAUUGACAACCCUCAGGAUGAGCCACUAAUAAAUGACGAUGACGACGAUGACGAUGAGUUCUAUGAUGUUGUCAUCGAUGCCACACCACAUGUCCAAGCAACAAGUGAGGAAAUGACGAGGAGGGGAAGCACGGAUGUUUUCCUCUAACCUUCGAAUGAAUGAUUUGAGGCAAUGAGGCAUAAACAACAUUUUCAGUGACUGACGGUCAUUGUCAAAGAGAACGGGGAAAUAAUUAUGCCUGCAUGUUAUUUAUAGACUUGUAGGAAUAACGCAUAGCUAAAUCAGACCCCCCAAAGAAGAGAAGCUCACAAAGCUGUGACAUCGUGUAACUUUCUACCAACAUAUUCCUGAAAGCUGUACACUGGUCUUGGCACUGAUGUCUUUAUUUGUAUUUUCCAAUGCCAAUCAGCAUGGGAACAUUUACGCAGAGUUUUUUCCUCGAGUAAUUCAAGCGGCGACCUGAUACGAAUGCCCAACAACAUGUUACUGUACGGGCAGGGAAAAUUCUCUUCUGACCAAUUGGAGCGGGCGACAGACCUUUCAACUCUUUGUCCAAUCAGAAGCUUCGUUUCUUCAACAAGUAAUGCAAUCACCGCGUGCCAAUUUCUCUCUGUACAUUGUUUCAGUGACAAUGAUGGAGGUACAUCUGACGUAUAGUAUACCCUAGAAACUGAAUCUGAGAAAACCUGAACCCCCUAACAUCACUUGCAAGAACGAUCGUGAGAAGAAUCUGUGUCCUAAUAUCGGAGAUAUUAUUAUCGUAAAUCCAUUAAACCAUCCUUGUGUUUAAAAUUUAAACCAGUUUAAAACUCGAGCCGUGUGUCAAUACACAACGAGGAAAAAUAAACAUCCCACGUUUGAUAAUGCAAACACAAGAUAAACUUGACCAAGUCUGUGGGAUCGACAUCGACAGGGAAACAUAUCUCUCGCCAAUCCUUCGACAAACCUUGAAAGUUGUUUCAAAUUUGAGGCAUAGGAGCUUCAAAUCUGAAACCUGCCCAAUCAUCAGGUGCAGAUUGGGCUAACUCUAUUUCAGUUUUGCGUCGGUGACUAAACGGAAAUGUAUUGCAGCGGUGUAUUUCCUGCGUGAUAAGGCAUGGAUAGAAAUAGGUCUUUGAAGUCGUGUCAUAAACUCGCCCAGUCGGUUGUGCAGUUUAUUUUGGCGCAACGUGGUAUCCAUUUGAAAAUAAAAUGGUAACAAAAUUAUCUGACGUUUGAGGAAAGUUUUCAGGUAUUUUAUAUACCGGUAUAGCAAGCUUUGUGCUCAAAGAUUUGAUUUUUGCUGUGACGUCACCGUCAUCGCCAUACAUCUCGGCAGAGAUUUUCAGUCGCAAACAUGAACUAUCGCAAUACCCUGCAAGUCUAUUGCGCAUGCGCAUAAGAUUCCGCGCUUAAUGAUAUGACAACCGACAGAAAAUACAGUGGGUUUGUCAGUGUGUCUUUGCAAAGGCAAGCUCCGGUAAUAGAAUUUACAAAGAUUGUCAAAGAAGACUAGGAUAAUUUGAAUUAGUGCUUAACUUUUAAGCCGCAAAUACAUGUAAAAUGUAAGGACACAAAGUGAGGGAUAUCGCAGGCUUGCACAGAGAGCCGUUGUCGUUUACCACGCAUGAGCAAGCACUUCUGUUUGAUUGUCAGGCGUAUUUUGUUGUCCCUCCUAAAAAAAGGUCAUCCGAACAAGUUGUGUAAGCGAACCACCCGGAAACAAGGCAGCUACAUAACUAUGGCCUUUAGUGGGGCCUAUGCAAAGGCCAUUUCUGCAAAAUCACUGGUGUCACUGUCUGUCGUGUGUUGCCGCGCACAGUCAGGUUAUCUGCAAGAAGGUCGCGCCUAUGUACGUUUCCGUAACAAAGACCUUCAUGACAAUGCGAAAGUGAAGCUGGGUUGAGCACAGAGCGAGGCAAGAGUAGUUGGAAGAAAAAGGCUCGAGAACUUCAGCCAUGGAGUCGGUAACUCUGAAGAGGGGGAUCCUGUUGGUUCUCGUGCUGUGUAUUUGUCUGCUAAUGCACGUUCCAACGGCAGAUGCACGUAGACGUAGAUCCCCGCAUAGGUCCACAAACAACAACUCGGGACGUCCCGCGGCAUCACCAGGGUUCACACACUACUUCGUGAUAGUCAUAAGCGUACUGGGCGGCAUCUUGGUUCUCCUGUGCGCCUUUAUCAACAGUCUGCGCUGCCUGCAGUACUUGCUGAGCCGGCGCAACGAGAAACACUCUGUACGACGGAGAACCAGGAGCGUAGAGAGAAACCAGCGGGAGGGGAACCCUGGAGACGAUAUCGACCAAUCGCAGCUGUACCCGCCGCCAACCUAUGCCGAGAUCGUCGGGGAGGCAAUAGCGCCCCCACCGGCCUACUCCUCCUUACACGUAGGGGAUGCUGGCUGGGAAAGUCUGCCCCCAACGAGCGAUGCCGCACACACAGAGGAGCACCCCGUCUAGUUAUUUCAAUCAAAAAUCUGCGCCGCAUUUGUAAUCGGUGUACACAGACAUCACUUUUGAAUAUCAACACCAACAAGAAAGAAUGCAUCGUAUGAUGUAAAGCUUAGCGACUACGGAGAUAAUGUGCCUUUUUUUCAAUAUAACGCUUACUCAAUGCAAUGCACUUAUAAAAAAUAUUUUUUUUAUUUUUAUAGAGAAGAAUCUAAGGUACUUUUCAAAUACAUGUACAUGUAUAUGUAUAUAGUAAAUUUUAUAGAACGUGCUUUGUCGGUGCAAAUUGCUCCCAAAGUGACGCUCUUGAAGACAUUGACUUUUCGUUGUUAAAAGGGUACUGUUGAGUGGACCAAAACAUGGUCCGUUGGCUUGUUCUUUGUAGCUUUUCUGGGGUUGCUAGAAAUAUUUCCGAAGUAGGAAUCGCGCAAAGGUCGUAACAGUUAAAAUCUUGUUUAUCUCGAUAACGUGUUGCCAUUAACUUGUGAAAAUCUAUACUGUAAUUCGACAACCAGAAUUAGAAGCCAUUACUGCGGUGGUGCACUGCUCCUGGACAGGUGGUGCACGCGCGUUCCACGCCUCUUUGAUUAAUAGGAUGUCGUGAUUUGCUAAAUGCACGCUCACCUCAAGCUGAAACAUGUGCGUGUGAGUGCGGUGCCACCGCAGUUAUGACGUCGAAUCAGAUUAGCCCAUAUGUAGUUACGGUGUACAACUCUAAAACGUGUACAAAGUUCUGUGAAUUCACAGAUUGUAAUGUAAGUAAUGAGGGUGGUUUGGAUGGGGUGGGUGCCGUGGUUGAUUCUUGGGCUGGAGUGGAAAUUCGGGGUGUAAUGAAUAAUUCAUUCGCUUAUAACCACCCCAAAAACACAGUGGGCUGCCCAGCGGGGGAUUUUUUUAGGGAACUGAAAGCGGCACAUCUUCAGAAAGGGGCUACUACCUUCCGGGGGUUGGGUAAUGAGGAUUCAUUUACUAAUAAAAACAGUGGAACAAAUCAUUUUAGAAAAAAAUUCCAUUUCGCCUCCAUGGUCCCCAAACUUGCAUGGAUACGACUACCUGAACGACCGUUUACUGUGCGAACGUCCAUAUCGGGGAGUGAUAUGAAAGAAUAGGUGAAGAAAAUGUAAUUUUGUGUUAAUGUUCUUGUGAUUUUGUAUGAUAUUAAAGAUAACGAUUUCUUACGUUGA